UCCUAUAGCUGUUCCUAAACCAGUUAUCCGGUGGCGAAUUGGAGCGUCUUUUUUUCUGAAGUUUGCUGUUGAUUUCUAAUAAUUUGAAAAUAUUUCCAUAUUUACGCAAUGGUGUGUGGAGGUUUUACUUGUGCUAAAAAUGCGCUCUCCGCUCUCAACAUUCUUUACGUGAUGGUGAGCGUCCUCGUGAUCGGGGUCGCUGCCUGGGGAAAGUGGUUCGGCCUGGUCUCCAGCUUCCAAGUGGUGGGCGGCAUGAUCGGAGUGGGCUCCUUCCUCUUCGUCGUGGCGCUGGUCGGGCUCAUCGGGGCUGUAAAGCACCAUCAGGUCCUGCUCUUCUUCUAUAUGAUCGUCCUUUUCCUGGUGUUUGUGGUGCAGAUGUCGGUGUCUUGUGCCUGCCUAGCAAUCAAUAAAGACCAACAGGAGCAGCUGCUGGAGGUGGGCUGGAACAACUCUGAAAGCAUGCAGAGAGAUGUGGAGAAAACUCUCGACUGCUGUGGCUUCUCGUCGGUCGACUACGACGGGACUUGUGACGCGGCCUGUUCCCACGACUUCCAAUGCAGCCCGUGCAAGGCCAAGAUCGAAGAGCAUGCCGAAGAGGUGCUGCGCUUCGUCGGAGGAGUUGGCCUCUUCUUCAGCUUCACUGAGAUUUUGGGCGUGUGGCUGACGCACAGGUAUCGAAAUGAGAGAGACCCUCGAGCAAAUCCAAGUGCCUUCCUCUGAAUAGACUUUUUACGAUUUUAAAAACAACUCUGCCAUUCAGGGACCUUUGGGUAUUAUUUGUGGGAAAAAAAAUCUCCUUUGCAGUUGAUAGGUCAAAUCAUAUGGAGAAAGUGGACAUUUCUCUGCGUUUUGUAUUGUAUUGACUGAAGCAAUUGUAAUGCUCCUCAUUUGUUUCCAAGUUUUUCCGUCAUAGUUAAUUAUCCAAAUUCACUUCUGUAUUUUUAAUCAUUGUGAUCUCCAUGAUGCUGUUUAAGUGCAUUACUGACGUUAAGAUGUCCUGUGUCGUGGAUGUCUAUUUUACUCAUUUCCCUGAUUUUACGCUGCCAGUACACACUCCAGCAUACAUGCACAGGUCUUGACUGUAGGGUUAUAUUUUAAUGUAGUGACGUUUUUGUGUUACAGCUGCAUUUCACCUAGAAUUCUAUAGCAAUACUGAAUAUACAUUUCAUUUCCUUUUGAAUCUCCUUUGUGUUUAACACUGAAUGCUACACUGGAAAUUAUAGCUCCUUGAUGUCCUUAAAUAUAUCACUCCUAUGAGUAUGCUGCUUGCUCAUAUGAGUAUUAGGGUGUUAUAAUCUUAUGACAUUAAUUAAUGUACUGAAGUACCUGCUGUAUAUGUGUACUAAAGCGGAAGGUAUGUGAGUUCUCCUACUUAAAUGACCAGUUAGUCAAUUGGUAUAGCUGCAGUAACUGGCGAACACUUGCAGUGGCCAUGUUUAAUAUGGGGGAAGGGGGUAAUCUCUUCGCUUCACUUUUUUGGAGGGGGUCCUUCUCAUGCCUCCCCCCUGCCAAAUGCGUGUGCUCAUGUCAGCUGUGAACCCUUGUAUUUUGGAAUAAAACUAACUGGAAACUUU